AUCUCCAUCCACACUCGACAUCACACUCACCCAUAACCACAUCCAACAUCAUGUCCGUGAACGACAAGCAGUUGAACCAGGGCUUCGGCGCCGACGUCUACCCCGGCUCUGCGAACCCGACGAGCUCGUCGAACCACGCCAACCCCAUGCGCAACAACUUCGUCGACGACCCGACGACGGCAUCGCGCGGCGCGGGCGCGGGACCCAAUUUCGACGGCGACCGCCAAGCGCAGCGCAACUUCAGUCAGACCGCAGGCGUCGUCGAGGGUCGCCCGGGGAUCAUCGAGUCAUCACACAUCGACCCAUUGAGCGAGACGGCCAACAAAGACGACGGCUGGGCGAAUGCCACGCAGACUCCCCGGACACAGGCUGGGAUCGCUGGCACAGCGAAGAACAUCGCCACGAGUGCAGCAACUGUCGCAAGUGGCACGGCCCAGGCGGCAUACGGCUUCGCGAUGGGUGACGAGCAGGCGAAGAAAGCGGGCAAGGAAGCUGUAUUUGGGAAGUAAUCGAGGGACUGUAUACGAAGUGAACAACCUGUAUUUUUAGUGGAAUGAACGUCCUCGGUUUGGCGCAGCAUGCACUGGGAA